CCAACUAAUGGAGACUUGCCUGGAACUUUCCCAUCUAUGUUAAUAAAGUACUCAAAAAUCACAUUCACACCCCUCUGUCCCCCCACGUCUCUGUAUCGUCCCUUUUUAUAUUUCAAUUUUUCAUACAGUUUGUCAUAUGGGUUUUGUUUCUUUCAAGAAUUUAGUGGUCAAAUGAACAAUCCUCCUCAUUAUUAUCAAUUUUGAUCUGUCUUCUUGUGUUCACAUCUGUUUGGGGCAUUUUGUCAAACACUAUAACUGCAUUUCAACUUACCCAGGUUCCCAUUUCUGCAACUUGAGAAUCCAGAUUUUUAGCAGCUAAAAUUACUUGUAAAAUUGGAUGGGAUGAACGACAAGAAACCAAUGCAGCAGCGGAGGAGAAAGGUAGCGAAGAAGACUGAGGUAGCAGAUAUGGAGGGGAAACAGGAAAUCAAGACGACGUCUUUGUUUUUUCUGGACCAAGAAAAGCCUGGUAAACACGAUGAUGUCAACUGUCUUGGAAAGCGAAAGUCUCGAACACCCUCUAUUGUGCCUGAUGUAGCUGUAGCUGAUUUAGGGUAUGAUUUGAAUCUAGGCGGCGGAGGAGCGGCGGUGAAAGGUGGUGGUGAUGGACCACAAAGGAGGUUGUGGGUGAAAAAUAGAUCACAAGAUUGGUGGGAUAAGUACAACAGUGCAGAUUUUCCAGAAAAUGAGUUCCGAAAGGCCUUCCAAAUGGGGAAAGAUACAUUUGAGUUGAUAUGCAAUGAGCUUACUUCUGCUAUUGCCAAAGAGAACACUAUGUUAAGAGAUGCAGUACCAGUGAGGCAAAGAGUUGCUGUCUGUAUAUGGAGAUUAGCCACCGGUGAGUCUUUAAGACUUGUUUCCAAAAGAUUUGGAUUGGGCAUUUCUACAUGCCACAAGCUUGUUCUUGAGGUUUGUUCUGCUAUAAAAGAUGUAUUGAUGCCCAAAUAUCUACAAUGGCCGAAUGAUGAUUCCAUUAGAGUAAUUAGCAAUGAAUUUGACUCGGUUUCUGGUAUACCCAACGUGGUUGGAUCAAUGUACACAACUCAUAUACCAAUUAUUGCUCCAAAAGUUAAUGUGUCUGCUUAUUUCAACAAAUGCCAUACGGAAAAGAAGCACAAGACAUGUUAUUCAGUAACGAUUCAAGGGGUUGUUGAUCCAAGUGGUGUGUUUACUGAUGUAUGUAUUGGAUGGCCUGGUUCAAUGCCUGAUGAUCAGGUUUUGGAGAAUUCUGCUCUUUAUCAAAGGGCAAUGGGAGGGCUUUUGAAAGGUGUAUGGAUUGUGGGUGGUUGUGGAUACCCUUUAAUGGAUUGGGUGCUUGUGCCCUACAAACAGCCACAUUUAACAUGGACUCAACAUGCUUUUAAUGAGAAGAUUGGAGAGAUUCAGAAGGUCUCUAAGGAUGCAUUUGCAAGAUUGAAAGGGAGGUGGUCUUGUUUACAGAAAAGAACAGAGAUGAAACUUCAAGAUUUGCCUGUGGUUCUUGGGGCAUGCUGUGUUUUGCAUAAUAUAUGUGAAAUUAGAAGCGAAAAGAUCGAAUCCCAGUUGAUGAUUGAGGUUGUGGAUGAUGAGAUGGUUCCUGAAAAUGGGUUGAGGUCUCCAAUGGCAAUGAAGGCAAGAGACUCAAUGGCACACAAUCUUUUGCACCAUAAUCAUGCUGGAACUUCCUUUUUGUCAUGAGGAGUUGCAUAUACCAUGGUCGGUUAGUUUUUUUACUUGCAUAUUUCAACUGUUGCCGGUCAGAUCACAUAAAAAGAUUUCUCACACAAAGUUUGUACUUUUUGCAACCAUGGGUUAUUACAACAAAAUCCGGUUUAUAGGAUGCAAAAAAGAAUUUCUCAAUGUCAAUGAAUUACGUUAUAGGACAUAUUUAUAGGACCAUACAUUUGUGCGAUGUCAAUGAAUUACCUUAUAGGACAUAUUUAUAGGACCAUACAUUUGUGUGUACUGUGUAAAAGUGUUGCAAUAAGUUUAUAUAUGACGUUCUUUUAGCAUUUUAAGUAAGUUUCAUAGGACAAUUUUGAAGUCAAGGGUUCUAUAAUUUUAUUCUAUCUAUCAUUAUUUAAAAAAUAUUAUAAAAACAAGUGUUUUAUAAAACAUGUAUUUAGCGAACACUUUUCAAAAAUGUCUUAUAAAAAGCAAAUAGGACACUUUAAAAAUGUCACAUAAAUCUUGUUAAGACGUCCAAAAACGCCAUAUUAUGACACUUUUACAUAGGAUGCACAAGUUUAUUGUCCUGUAAACUUAAGUCUUUGUAAAACAGUCUAUCAGGACACUUCACAUAUUUUUGGCAUCUUAUACAUCUGAUUUUGUUGUAAGGUAAACCAUAUACUCUUGCCGUUAUGGCUUCACCAUUUUGCUACAAAUGUAUGGAUCUUUGGUAUUUAGCUGGUUUGAGUUUAUAGGCAGAUUGCAUACACAAGUUGUAACUUGGUUCUUGUAUUUGAUAAAAUCAACAAUGGAUGAAUCAAUACC